CUCCUCGUUAACUUACCCAGACUGUAAUUCAACAACCUUGCAGACCACAUGGAGUAGGAGACGUUUGGUGAACAAACAAAAGAGAAAACCACCUGUAUUACUCAAAUCAGUUAGCUCCAUAAAAUCCCAAUCCAUCUCUCCUACAAAGACUCCUUAUUAUUCCCUUCUUAUCUCCAAUCCACCUUUCAAAAAUUGCUUUACAAUCCCAAAUUUCUCAAUUCUCUUGAGAUCUGCUUGGCUUCUGUCUUUCCUCAAGCUUUUCUCUACAAUCAAUAAUGGCGGACUGGAGGGCUUUAAUGGGCGUGAUAAUCUCCGUGGCGUUGAUAAUUGCUGCUGUGGAUGCACAGCCUGUCCCAACUGACUGUUCUGAUGAGCUUGCGAACCUGACACCCUGUGUGAAAUACAUUUCAGGUGGGGGUGACGUCAAGGAUCCUUCUCAAGCCUGUUGCAGUGCCUUAGCUUCGAUUGUUAAGACGAAUGCCACCUGUCUGUGUCAGGUGUUUAGUGGUGAUAAUUCCAGUGGAGUUAAUCAAACACAGGUUCUUCAACUUCCCCGUGCUUGCAACGUCAGUUCUCCCCCUGCCAGUCAGUGCGCUGCAGCCAAGCCAGGGGCCUCUAACAGAGGUACAAUUUCUGGGCCGUUCAUGAGUAUGAAUGUUUUGCUGGUGGGGUUUCUAUGGAUCAAAGUUGUACUGUGAAAAUUAUGUGACUUGGAUAAAGUCAGUUUUGCCUGGUUUCUUUAAUUGGAUUUUUCUUUGGCAAUUAUGAGUUUGAGGAUUAAAUGGGGAAGUUUACACUUCCAUAAUUAUGGCGCUGUGAAUCUAUGGAGGCCCUAAUUAGAUGGCUGGUUUGGUGAAAUUUGGUAGAAUUUGUAUACCAACCCGAAAGAGACCUUUCUAAUGUCAGUGUUCUACUGUAUAUUUAAAGAAUUACUGAGAAUUACUGCUUAA